AUCUUAGAGAGAGAGAGACAGACAGACAGACAGAGGGGGAAAGGGAAAAGAAAAUGAAGAGGAGUAAAAAGGGUAACUGAAUAUUGGUGGUCAGAGAAGGGAGGGGAAAAAGAGAGAGAAUAGAGUAAAUUAUGAGGAUAUAAGAAGAGAGAGGGGGGGAGAAAGAGAAAGGCGGGAGAGACGGAGGGAGGCGGAAAUAAGAGCAAGAAAGAGGAAUAUAGAGGGAGAAGAGGCAAGAAAGAGGACUUAAGGGGAGGAGAAGAGGAAAGAAAAAGAAUGCACAGGAGAAAUUUACUGAAAAGAAAGAUAUUAAAAUAGAUGAAAAAGAAAACAAGAGAGAGGGGGAGAAGAAGAAAGUAAUGAGAAAUUUAUUUUUAACAGGUCAAGAAAAAGGCAAAAGAGGUGGAAGGAAUCGGGUUAUUUCGUUGGUUAAAAAUCAGAGUAUAAUCGACACUGAAAUAUUUAAUGUAGGACAAGUUUAACAUCAACAACAACAAUAGGUGUUCCUUUUUUGUAAAUUAGGGUCAUGUUUGCACUAUGGGAGACAAAUUAAUGCGUUGUGAUGAUGAUGACGGUGGUGGUGGUGGUGGUGUGGUGAUAUUAGGUUGGUCAGUACAAGAAUGUUUUUUUUUUUUAAAUAUAAAUAAUUUAUAAUCCGUUGCUGAGUGUGAUCGUUUGGAACCAAGCACGGGAAUAAUGAAAAAAUAUUAAGAAAAAAAAAAAUCUUGCAGAUAUUUAUUGUAAGUCAAGCUGUGAAUGAACUAGCUUCGACUCUUGCACUGACCAUGGCCUCUGUUGAUGUCAGUGUACAGCAAAUGAAACACUUUAACACCGAUGCACUUAUUUUAUUCCUCAGUAAACAUGGAAUUAGCCAGGCUGGUCUGAAAUCUCUAAGAGAUAACCAGGUAGAAGGAGAGAUGCUGCUGGAAUUUACUGAUGCCGACCUCAAAGAUAUCUUUGAAGUAUUCAAGGAUAGAUUUUUAAUUCGGAAAUUGCUUCGAGAACUUUAUGGUCCAAACAACUCUUCAUGUCGUUUAGCAAAGCCCAUUGCACCUCCAACAGUGAGUAGCCCUGUUGUAUCAAAUCCCCACUCAGUUCUAGCAUCUACAUCCUUAUCUUCAUCACAAAUAACUUUUCCAUCAUCACAAACAUUUGUGACAUCAACACCCAAUGCUAUAAUACCUUUGCCCUCUCCCAAAAUCACACCAGAGCCCAUUCUGACCCAAGUCACACAUGUUCUUCCCACUAAAACAGUAAACCUGGAAUCUUACAACAAAACAUCUCCACUAGUUAUUAUUUCAAACCAACAGAAAAAACCCAGUCCAAAUACCACUAUAUCACAACUGACUGAUAUCCAGAACCCACCACUCCAUACUAACAAUUUUAUUCCAACAGAGCAGCAAGAUUCAGAAGUGGGAGUUGUAACUUCAUUGCAUUCAAACUCACUUUCUGUCAGUAAUUUUGUCAAUUCUGAUACAGCUAUUUAUUCUUCUCCUAAAACUUCAGACACAUCCACUACACUCAUACAACAGGGAGAAGUUCAGACGCAUGUGAUAGAAGAUGAUGAUGAUGUUGUUGAUUAUCCUCAGAAUGAUGUGUAUAUUGUUGAUGGCUGGGGUGCGUGCCGAAUCAAAGAAUUCACUGCUGAAGAGCUACUUCGAAGGAAAGUACGAAGGGGUCGUCCGACUGAAGCUCAGAGACUUGGACGCUCACUUUUGAGGGAGGCUGCUACAACAGCAAAAAUAUGGCACAGAGCACCUCCUUUGAAGAUGAUUUCUGCAGAAAAAAAAGAAAUUUUCUUUCGCUAUAUCUGUCGUGCUGCACCACAGUUGAGUCGGCACAAGCAGUUUGUUUGGAUUCGACUCGGUGAAGCAUUACAGAACCGACGUAAAUAUCUCAGUGACAAGGAAUGUGGUCGUCGACAAAUGAAAAGGAAGCAUGACCCAAAUCUAUUUAUGUCAACACCUCAUUCAUUAUCUAGUCCCUUAUUCAACAAUACUCGCCCAACAUCAAUUUCAGCAACAUCCACAUCACUCCUUCCAGCAACAUCUUUGCUAAAAAAUGAAUUCAAUCCUAUUGUUAUUGAUUCUAAUAUUGAAACCAACUUAGAGACAUUACCUAUAUCAACUGAACAAACCAUUAAUUCUAUAAGCUCUGUCAAUCUUACCACUCUUAUUAAAGAAGAAGCAGAAUCGGAAGGUAUCAAAUACUAGACACCAACAUAAUCUCCAUUGAUAAUUCUGAUUGCCUUCUUUGUUUAUGUUGAAAGAUUUUAAGACCACAAGCUGGUAUUGAGAAGUGCAGUAUCUGGAAAGUCACAAAUUUGCUGCAGGUAACACAGCUACACAAGUAGCCCUUUAUACAUUAUUGGCUAUGGUCUGAUUGACCUGGGUAUUCCAAUGAAAAAAAAAACAAUGCUACUCCUUCUGCUUUGUGCGUAAACCAUCAUUGUUAAAUGUUCACCUCUCCAUGCUUGCAUAGGUGAGAUGGAAUGUUGGGGCAAAUUUUCUAUGGUUAGAUGCCCUUCCUGUUCCUAAGCAAGAUAACAUUUCCCCUUGGCCAGACAUGUUUUUCAUGGAAGACUGGAAAUGAACAUCACUUGUAUGAUGUUUGUUUAUGAUCAUUACAUGGCACCAAGACAAGGGUACACACACGAUGGGCUUCUUUCAAAUGCAGUCAAGGCUUUUGUCAGCCUUAUUCUACAGUAGAAAACACUUGUCCAAAUUGCUUGCAGUGGGACUGAACCUGUGACUACAUGGUGGUGAAGCAAGCUUCUUAACUACACAGCCAUGCCUGCACCUAUAUAAGAAAAUUUAUUAACACCACUGCAGUGAAGUAGCUGCAAUUUUAAGGUGCUAGGGUGUUGAACAGGUGGUCAUAAGUUCAACUCUUGCUACAACCAUUGUGUUCUAUGCAGUGAUUAUCUCAUUCUGAUUAGUAGAAGGGAACAGUAAGCCGUUUGUAAAGUGACUCACUUCUAUGUCUGAAUCCACAACUGUUGACCUUACAGACUCUGCCAGAUUGCAGCAAUAGAUGUUAUAUAUUGUUUACAGCACAAAUUGAACAUUGGUCCCUUAAUACUGUGAUUUCUGUCAGUGGGAGCAUUUAAAAAAAAAAAAAAAAAAAAAAAAAAAAAAAAAAAAAAGAACUUGUGAAUUUUAAAGAAUGAAAUUAGUUUUUCAAAAUAAGAUGGAAAAAAUUUUUAAAUAUUAAUAUAUAAAUUUUAUCUCUUUACCAAAA